AUGGCCGAAGCCGUCGGCACCGCCCUCGGCGUGGUGGGCGUCCUGGGCCAGCUCUUUGCGGGCUGUGUCCAGGCCUACGGCUUCUUCACGACGGCGGCCAACCUCGACACCGACAGCCAGCGGCUGCUGUGCAAGGUGCGCAUCGAGGAGAUGCGCCUCGUCGUCUGGGGCCGCGACUGGGGCGUCGCCGAGGGGAGGCUCGAGGCGCACCUCGAGUCCACACGGAACCCGCAGCUGAGGAGCCUGGCACUGCAGAUCCUGGGCGAGCUGCACAGCGCCGUGACAGACUUUAACAAGCUCAAGGAGAGGUAUGGGCUUGUGGAUGAGGGGAGGAGUGCGAGUUUGGAGGUCAAAGGGGGGAAGAGUAAAGGGGGCAAGAAGUCGCCUUCACCUUCGAGAAAGGGGUCGAGAGACGAUGAGAGUCGUAAAUCGAAUGGGUUGGUAAAGACUUCGAGUGCCUCGAGUGAGAGGAGCUGGGGAAAGGAACUGGGGCUGAGGGCCAAGUGGGUGAUAGGAGACAAAGAAAAGUUUAUAAACCUACUCAAGGACUUAAGAGACUACAACGACGGUCUUGAACGUCUCUUCCCCCUCUCUCACCUCCCAUCCUUUCAACGCGCCUGGACACAUCAACUCCUCGAGUCUGCUCAGCGCGAUCUCACCCAGCUCUCCCUCCUCGAGACGGCCGCGACGGGCGUCUACCCCCAGCUCACCACCUCGGCCAACCUCAAGAAGCUCCGCAUCAAUCUCGACACGCGGCCCCAGGCCUCCUUCAAACCCACUUUUGCACUCAAAGUGCCUCGUCCAGCGCUCGAGCUGACUGAGGAAGAGAAGGAGAGCAACCAUCGUGGGCGAAGUAAGGGCCGCCAUGAGACAGCGGGCGACGUCGUCAUUGAAUGGGUAGACUAUGAUCGUGAUGAUGUCGAAGAGCGAGUCGCCCACGUCCGCCGUCUCGAUGACCUCGCCCGGAUGAUGCACUCAGCCUCAGAAUGUCAUCCAGAUCUUCACAGCAUCGACUGCGUCGGCUACGUCGACGACUCAUCCCACUGUCGCUACGGCCUCGUAUACAAGGCACCCUCACCAUCCUUCUCAACCCUCCACGAACUCAUCGCCAGCCCGGACCUCAAGACGCCAGACCUCGACGACCGCGUCCGUCUCGCUCACACCCUAGCUGUGGCGCUCUGGUCCCUCCACUCCCUCGACUGGCUGCACAAGAGCCUCUGCAGUGCAAACAUUCUCUUCUUCCCCUCGGCCUUUUCCACCUCGGCUCACUCCCCUACUGCUGCCGCCGCUCUCGUCCCAGAUAUUCAACGGCCGUAUCUCACAGGUUUCGACGCCUCGCGUCCAGACUUUGACCAGGCCCUGUCCGUCGCCCCUCGCAACCCCUCCAUCGCCACCCUACACCGACACCCAGCCUCGCUACGAGGGUUCCCACACUGCAAGCCCAUGGACAUUUACAGUCUGGGGUUGGUCCUCCUCGAGAUUGGACUCUGGAAGAUCCUCCAGGCCUACCAUAGACCUCACUACUCUGCAGACCGGUGGCGGGACAAGGUGGUUCGCGCGGUGCUCGUUCCAGGUCUGGGGAGCAAGGUUGGUCGUAGAUAUCGUGAUGUUGUGGAAAAGUGCCUGAGUGUGAGUGAGGAGAUGACGAGUACCGAGGCAGCCGAGGUUUUGGAAGAGGUUGUGACGGCUCUCGAAGGCAUUAGAGUAUGA